CAAACUUUUUUUCCGAUUAAUUAACCAAAUAACUUACCGUUAAAUAACCGGAUAAUUAUCCUCUCGAAUCACUACGUGGAGGGUAGCAAUAGCAGUCUUUUUACUAUUUCUUAAUAUCCUAGCAGCACUCAUUCAAAAACUGUAGUAGUCUAUUUUUUAAUUCUUGUUACUGUCACUUUGACAAGUUAAUUUUGAAUUUUAGUUUGUAAACAACCAUGUGUGAUAUGAAUUCAACAAAAGACGAAAAUUCACCUAUAAAAUUUAUAAUUCAAGCAUCAUCGAAAACCCUUAAACGAUAUAUUAGACCUCUUUGUAAUAACAACCAAUUUUCUGAUAUCAAUUUUCUAGUUGGAAAGGAUAAUCAGAAACAAAGAAUGUCUGCACACAAAAUAAUUUUAUGUAGUUGGAGUACAGUCUUUGAAGCAAUGUUUUGUGGUAGUUUAGCAACAAAAUCCGAUGAAAUUGAGAUACCUGACGUUGAACCAGAAGCAUUUAUAAAUUUACUGAAUUUUAUGUAUUACAAUAAAGUGGAAGUCAAUCCGGAAACAGUUAUGAGUACUUUAUAUGCAGCAAGAAAAUAUAAUGUACUUGAAUUAGAAAAGCAAUGUGUAAACUUUUUGAAAAAGAAUGUAGACAGUGAAAAUAUUUUUUUUCUUCUUAACCAAGCCCGAUUUUAUGAUUUACGUAAAUUA